AUGAGAGGCACCGGGCUCGGCAACCCAUUCCCCAUGGGGAAGAGAGGCACCGACGAGGCGCUGCGCGACCAGGUAUGCGAGGCAUUCGACACGUGGCUCCGGCUGCGCACCGUUCCCGCCUCGGCCGUGUGGGACACUAGAUCCACGCCAGCGCUCAUCCGACAGGCCAACGGGCAGCCCUUCUCACAGGAGAUCGCCCCUCGACGCUCCGACGAAGCUAGGACGGGGAACGACGCCGUCGUGGCGAUGCGGGCCGCGCUGAACGGCCGCGGCAACGCCAAGGUGGUGCGGCUCGGAUGCUCGCCCUCGUGUCGAGAGGGGAGGCUGUGCCACGGGGACAGCCUCGCAGCCAUGGCGCGAGAGCUCAUCGGCGUACGAGACGAGCGGCGCAGAGAGGGGCAGCAACGUGGAGACGCCCCAAAGCCACGCAAGCCGAGGGCAGACAAAGGGGUGCCGAGAGGCCCGCGAGCCCUCAAAGGCACAACGGCAUACCAGAUCGGGCACCUCAGUCUACUGCGGUUUCGGCACGGGCACGAGAGGCAAGUGUCACAGCGGACCCUCGACGCGGUGCGCGAAGCGCAGGGAGCUGGGGUCGAGCCGUGGAACACGGCAGAGCACGACAAGGCAGUCCACGGCCCAACGCCCGAAGGCGGGACGACGAACCCGAUGGAGAGCGAGCCGCCAGCGAGCGAGACGUACGACGACGAGGGAGACGACGAGAGAGAUAAGAGCGCCGCGGCGGACGACGAGAUGGCCUUUAUCGACGAUGAGUUCUUCGAGCUUCCCGACGCGGCAACGGAGGGAGAGGCGGAGGGCGGGGGAAGCCAGAGUCAGUACAGCCAACAGAGCCAGGGGGGCGAGAGCGAGGGGAGCCAGAGCAGCCAGGGCAGCCGACGGACAGCGCACCGAAGGUCGCGGAAAAAUCGACAAGCCGCGGAACGAUUCAUGGACCGACUCCGUUUCGAACUCCUACAAGGAGGCAGCGGCGGGGACGGACACAGACACCCGGAAGACGCCAACGACGGCGACGAAGAUGGAGAGAGGAGCGAGGACGAAGAGAUGCCCGACCGCACAACAGAGCCAGGGCCGAGCGAGCAACCACCCGAAACGGGCCAUCCAAACGAAGGCAGCCAGACAGACGACGAAUUCACAGUGAUGGACGUAGAAGAGGAACAACCAGAGGACGAGGCGCCCCAGCCGCCGAGGAAGCGAGGGCGCUUUGAGAAUGAACGUAGCGAUUCGAUGAGUCAGGGAGGGGGGGCGAGCCAGCAGCAUCACGAGGGCGAGGAGCCGAUGACGAAGACACAGAGACAGCGCCAACGCCAGCGGAGGCAGGGAUCGCACCGGAAGCCACCCGUCAAGUUCAGACGCUAA